GUAUCACAAAUUUACUGCACUCGGUAAAACAACAGUUAAAAAAUGUGGCCUAAGAUUAUCUGCUUUACAACUUUCCUUGCUGUUGUGACAGCGCAAUAUGGCCACGGCCACAGUGAUGCACACUCCUCCCAGCAUUUUGUUAAACACGAUGGACAUCCGGAAGUCGUCCACGGCCAUCACGGACAUCACGACUAUCAUACACAUCCCAAAUAUGAGUUCGACUACAAAGUAGAAGACCACCACACGGGAGACAUGAAGUCUCAACAUGAACACCGAGAUGGAGACAUGGUAAAGGGCGCAUAUUCUUUGCAUCAGCCUGAUGGCUCCGAACGGACUGUUCACUACCACGGAGAUCAUCACACUGGUUUCCACGCAGAUGUCAAAUUCGCAACUCAUCACAUUGUUCCUCAUCAUCAUCACCAUUAAUGCUUUGGAAUGAUUUAAUUCAACACUUCAUGUUAUGUUUACUUGUUUUAUAACAUUUGAAUGUUUCUGUAUAAAUAAAAUGUUGAUUUUA